UAAUGCAGCAUUCUUUUGGACACCACACCUAGGUCGGAGCACUGUCGUCCUUCAGGGCUCCAACCUCUUGAUAUUUUUAUACUUCACUAUCAGCUCAAUAGAGUGAAAGAGAGAGGAGAGAGGGGGGGAGAGGAGACAAGAGAGAGAGAAAGAUAGGGGGGGAAGGAGGGCUGGGAAUUACACAAAAGAGAGAACCAAAAAUAAUUUUAAUUCCUAAAUUAAUUUGCUUGCUGAUCUGGGAUUUUAGUCAACAUGGAGUGUAGAUGGAAAAUCUGCCCAGGACCGCAGACUGAUACCAUUGUUCAACGCCAGAACUUACUGCAUUUUCAUUGCAAAUGUCAGAAAAGCGAAACACCCUCUCUCCCAAGUCAGAGAAGGGGAAGCAACGGCUCUCAGAUUGGGACAAUAUUAUCUGGAAGCUGAAGAAGAAACCGAACGCUCUUUUUUUCUCCCUCCCCACCCUUUCAAUCUGGCGGAAGAAAAAAAAUCUCAAGGUCUGCAAAGCUAAAACCCAAUCUCGGAUAUACUACUAAUAGGCGCGGCGCUCGGACUAUAAAACACAACAAAUCAUAAACCCGGCGGAGCAGCAGCGGCCGCGCGCGCCUCCCCUCCCAAUGAGUUCCUAUUUCGUGAACUCCACCUUCCCAGUCACUCUGGCCAGCGGGCAGGAGUCCUUCCUGGGCCAGCUACCGCUCUACUCGUCCGGGUAUGCAGACCCGCUGAGGCACUACCCCGCGCCCUACGGUCCCGGGCCGGGCCAGGACAAGGGCUUUGCCGCUUCCUCUUAUUACCCGCCGGCCGGCGGCGGCUAUGGCCGCGCGGCACCCUGCGACUACGGGCCGGCGCCGGCCUUCUACCGAGAGAAGGAGUCGGCCUGCGCGCUCUCUGGCGCGGAUGAGCCGCCUCCGUUCCACCCCGAGCCCCGGAAGUCGGACUGUGCGCAGGACAAGAGCGUGUUUGGAGAGACAGAGGAGCAGAAGUGCUCCACACCGGUCUACCCGUGGAUGCAGCGGAUGAAUUCGUGCAACAGUUCUUCUUUUGGGCCUAGCGGCCGGCGAGGCCGCCAGACCUACACACGCUACCAAACGCUGGAGCUAGAGAAGGAGUUUCACUACAAUCGCUACCUGACGCGGCGGCGACGCAUCGAGAUCGCGCACGCCCUGUGCCUGACCGAGAGGCAGAUCAAGAUCUGGUUCCAGAACCGGCGCAUGAAGUGGAAAAAGGAGAGCAAACUGCUCAGUGCGUCUCAGCUCAGCGCAGAGGAGGAGGAAGAAAAGCCCGCCGAGUGAAGGCCUUGGAAAGGGAGGGGGACGCAAAGGGAGAGGCCUGCAGGGAACCAGGGGUGUUGGAGAGUCCGGAGGAAGCUCUGCUGGCAGGGGGGCCCGGGGACUGGCUCCCCCGCGCCGCCCCCGGUGGGCCCGGAGCUCUCCGGACGCCCCCGCCCGCAGAGUUCUCAUCCCGGAGCCCGCCCCCGCGCCCCCUCCCUCCCCGGGGAGCCAGCCUCGGCCGGAUCAGGUGCCCCGCGAGAACUGAGGACCUGACUCACUUGAUGUUUCCUGGAAGCAGAGCAAAAUGCUCUUGUCCGUGUCGCGCCUCCUCAUGUCGUCUAUGUCCCGGUGCACGGUUCAAUUGUAGAUUCGCUGUCCCCUCAUGGGGCCUCGAAAACUCGCUGACCCCAGACCUGUCGUCUCUGCCCCCCCUCCCCAAAGCCACUGGAAGGAGCACACACUACCUAGAAGUAAGAAGAGGAGCCUCAGAAGAAAACAAAGUUCUAUUUUAUUAAUUUUCUAUGUGUUGUGUUUGUAGUCUUGUCUUAGCUCUGGACGUGAAAUACUUCGGUAAUAAUAUUAAUAUUAUUAAUAAUGAUGAUAAUAAUAAAGACGUGAAAACUCG